UAGUCUGUCUUCUUUCCUUGAUCUGCAUUGAUGUGCAAGAAAUGGACAGGUCAAGUGCACUGACUGUGCCCUGGAAGCAAGAGGCCCUACACCAGAAUGAUCUCUGCCUGGGUGGGAUUUAAUUAGGUAGGACUGUUAUUGUUCAAAAGGAGUUGCCACACCAAACCUGGAGGGAACGCAAUGUCUCUCUACACCUGUCUGCCAGUGUGUCCAGCCCAGGCAUGUUUCUGCUAUCACAGAGGUGGAAAUUGUUCAUCUAUAACAUUGAUACCGUUCACUGAGAAAUUGGAUUUGAUUUUCAAUCUGGUCAGACACAUUUCCAAAGAGAAAAACUACUGGACAGUGCUGGACAUGAACUGAUAUGAGGGGAUCAUCCCCAAGCUCGGAACCAGAAAGAUAGAACUAACUGACACACUGACGGACAACGAGGCAUAACUGUGGAAACGGGCAGACUGCCGCCCAAGGACACUCACUGACCCGCGGAGACGGACAGACAGACAGUCUGAUGCCAACUGUCUCCGCUGUCAAUCUCACGGCACAACUCCUCCUGCUGUUGCUAUGGGCAACCCACCCGACCAUGGCAACCAACUGGCUCUCCCUGGCGAGGAUGCCGCGCUCGCGGCCCGUGUCGGGUGCUGCCCCCUGUGGGCGGCUGAGGGGACUGUCCGUGGGGCAGGUGGGGGUGUGCAGGGCGCGGGGAGAGGUCAUGGAGUCUGUGCGCAAGGCAGCCGAGAUGGUCAUAGAGGAGUGCCAGCACCAGUUUCGUAAUCGCCGUUGGAACUGCUCCACCACCCCACGUGGAGUCAACGUGUUCGGUAGAGUCAUGAGCCAAGGCACCCGUGAGGCAGCCUUUGUGCACGCCCUGUCCUCGGCGGCGGUGGCAGUUGCAGUGACGCGAGGCUGCAGCCGGGGGGAGCUAGAGCGGUGUGGCUGCGACAGGAAGGUCAGAGGGGUCAGUCCCGAGGGUUUCCAGUGGUCUGGGUGCAGUGAUAACCUGUCAUAUGGUGUGGCCUUCUCCCAGACCUUCGUGGAUGAGACGGAGCGUGCCAAGGGGAUGUCGGCAGGGCGACCCCUCAUGAAUGUCCAUAACAACGAGGCUGGACGGAAGGUGGAGUGUAAAUGUCAUGGUGUCUCGGGAUCCUGUGAGCUGAGGACCUGCUGGAAAGUCAUGCCCCCAUUUCGGCGCGUCGGCGCAGUGCUGAAGGAACGCUUUGAUGGAGCCACAGAGGUGCGUCUGUCCCGUAUCGGCUCCAGGACAGCCCUGCUGCCCCGGGACCCCCAGGUCAAACCUCCCGCCGCCAGGGACCUGGUGUACCUCGCUGUCUCUCCAGACUUCUGCCGUCUCGACCCCAGCAAUGGGAUCCCAGGGACAGCCGGCCGACGCUGUAACGGCACCUCCCGGCUGGCCCCAGAUGGCUGUGAGUUGGUGUGUUGUGGGCCAGGGUACCGGGCGGGCCGGGCUGAGAUGGUGCAGCGCUGCUCCUGUAAGUUCUCCUGGUGCUGCUCGGUCCGCUGCCAGCAGUGCAAGAACACAGUGAUGAUCCACACCUGCCGAGAGUGAACCCAGUCUAUGCAGAACCCAGUGCACUGAGAAGACACACAAGAACCUUACACCUGUCCAGACACUCUAGAACACUACCCAGACACAACACUGUCCAGACACUCUAGAACACAACAGUACCCAGACAUUCUGGAACACUGCAAUGACCAGACCAGUGGAGGCUGCUGAGGGGAGGACGGUUCAUAAUAAUGGCUGGACCAAAGUAAAUGGAAUGGCAUGUGUUUGAUGUAUUUUAUACUAGUCCACUAAUUCCGCUCCAGCCAUUAUCACGAGCCUGCCCUCCCCAAUUCAGGUGCCACCAACCUCCUGUGGACCAGACACUCUAGAAUCAGGGUUCCCAACCUAGGAGGCGCCAAUGUUUCUUUGGGGGGGACAGGACCUCCCUUGACAUAAGGGGUAUUUUUUUAUUUUAUUGUUUACACCUAAAACAACACAUAAAUAUGUGAUGCUUUAGGCUAGAAACAAGGGGUAAAAUUCCCAAGGAAGAUGCGACUCUGGGAAUAUCUUUGGUUUGUCUCUAUGACAUUCAGAAUCUGAGUUAUGACCUAAAGUCAAGGAGUCAAAGAAAUUGGACUUUGCUUGGGAAGUAAUCUUAUACAAUGUGUGACUCUGUCACUAUCAAUUGAUCUAUUCACUUUCUGUAAAUGAGAAUAGCUAUAAUUAAAUUGAGGUUCAUAUACAUUUAAAAAAAAA